UUUUGGAAGUCCUAACUGCGAAAUCGCCGGCGUCUCCCAGGUGGAAUUGGUCUAAAUUUCUGACAGUCAAUAGGCGGCGAGGAGCUACCGUUUCAGCCCAAUGAGGCUCCCAGCGGAGCCAUGGGCGGGGCCGGCGGAGGGGGCGGGGCCGGCGGAGGGGGCGGGACCGAAGCCCCCCACCGUGGUGCCUACUGUGUGAGGCGCAGGCUGCGCUGAGCGGAGCCAUGAGCUGGACCUGCCCGCGUUGCCAGCAACCCGUUUUCUUCGCGGAGAAGGUGAGCUCCCUGGGCAAGAACUGGCACCGCUUCUGCCUGAAAUGUGAGCGCUGCCACAGCGUCCUGUCCCCAGGAGGGCAUGCAGAGCACAACGGGAGGCCAUAUUGCCACAAGCCAUGCUAUGGGGCUCUCUUCGGACCCAGGGGGGUGAACAUUGGUGGUGUGGGCUCCUACCUCUACAACCCUCCCACUCCUACCCCAGCCAGCACCACUCCCCUCAGCCCCAGCAGUUUCAGCCCCCCCAGGCCCAGGACUGGCCUCCCCCAGGGCAAGAAAAGCCCUCCCCACAUGAAGACAUUCACUGGGGAGACUUCACUGUGCCCUGGCUGCGAGGAACCUGUCUAUUUUGCUGAGAAGGUGAUGUCUUUGGGUAGAAACUGGCACCGACCCUGUCUGAGGUGCCAGCGCUGCCGGAAGACCCUGACUGCUGGGAGUCAUGCUGAGCAUGACGGCGUCCCCUACUGCCACAUCCCCUGCUACGGCUACCUGUUUGGCCCCAAAGGUGUGAACAUUGGUGAUGUGGGCUGCUACAUCUAUGACCCCGUGGAGAUAAAAUCCAAAUGAGACGCUCACAGGAGAGGUCACUCUAACUCAGGCCACAUACCAUCCCCUCCAUGGUUGAGUGGGAGCUACAGAAUUCUUCAGUCCCACGGUGGGGAAUAUGGUCUUCCAGUGGCCUGGGCCUAGGCUCCAUGGUAGACCAGGGAGCCUAGACCUUGCUGAUGCCUCACUUCUUGUUCCCUUCUGGCCAGGAGGACACAGACCACCACAUUUUAAAGGGUGUCCUCCCGGCCUUCCCAGUCCCUUUCCCUAGCAAAUUCUGUAAUUUCAAGGUACUUAAGAAACGUGUUUAUUCUGGCUUCUCCAAUAAAACGUUGGCUCCCA